UGCGAGCGGCUCCAGCUGCAGAGCGCAGCCAUCGCCCGGCACACGGACCAGGUGCUGCCUGCCAAGGACCAGGGCGUGCUGGAUGCAGCCCAUGCAGCACGGGAGCUGGUGAUCCAGAGGCUGCUCUUCGUGGGGAAGGCGUGUGAGAACGAGGAGCAGAGGCUGCUGGAGGAGGUGCACAGGGAGGAGGAGCGGGCACACCAGAGCAUCCUGACCCAGCAGGUGCACUGGACUGAGGCUCUGCAGAAGCUGACUGCCCUCCGGACCUACCUGGUGGACACUAUCACCAACCUGGAUGACCAGGGCCUGGUGCAUGCAGAACAGGAGAUCUUUGAGAGGACAGAGGUGGCAGAGGGAAUUCUGGAGCCACAGGACUCCCUGAAGUUAAACUUUAAUCAGAGCUGCGUUGAGAGCCCGCUGCUGCACCGACUGUGGGCCUCUGCUGUGCUCUGCUGUGGUGCAG